UCUUGCUUAUCAUCUGUUUGACCAUUUUCUGUGUAUAUUUUCCGGCGAUUAAAUGCACACGAGAAGGUCUUAGUAUUCUUUCCAGACUUCCUGAAAUUAUUCAUAGUAAUCUAAAUGUAUCUCGCUAUGGAUCUGACCUUAAAAUCACCUUUUCACCCAACUUCGAGCAUUUACCAUUGGGACAACAAGAUUAUAUCUUAUGUACAUCAAUACCUACAUCACACGCUAAUUCUGUAGUUGCUAUAUGCCAGGAACUCAUAAAUCGUGGUUACAAUGUGGUAUUACUUAUUGAAGAAAAAGAAUUUGCCAAAUUCAAAGAAUUUUGGAGUGGUGGCCGUCUAAUAAUUCCCAAUUCCAUAGAUUCUGAUGUGUCGGUCGAGGUGCAAUUAGCCUUUUCAAGUGUCUCAUUGAAUGAGUUGGCACAAAUAUUAGAUAGAAUAACAUCAGCUUAUUCAUGGGCAAUUUUAGAAACAUAUCCAAUUUUAGUUAAAAAGCCACCAAAAUUCGUUAUAUCUGAUGUAUUUACACGAGCUGGCUUCAUUAUAGCUGAGAAGUUCAACAUUCCAGCAGUAGCAACAUGGAGUGGUCAAUCGAUGCCGUCAGUCAAUGAUUUUAUAUCACCACUGUGGUAUCCAGCAGCUAAUUCGAUGUUAACACAUAAUUUUAUGACAAUGACAUACCUCGAAAUGGUCAAAAACGUUUUUACGCGUCUCUUUAGAGUCAUUAUAGCUGAUUUUUUCACGUUAAAAUCACACAACAUUAAACGUCGCCAUUUUGGUGUUCGCGAGUUAGAUCACGCUACUGAUAUCACCCAAAAAUAUCCGUUAUUUAUUUCAUCACCAAUUGGUUUAGAUUUUGCACAUCCACUUUUACCAUCUCAUUUUCUGAUUGGUCCUUAUUUCAGACCAGAUUACGACAAAAAGGUAUUACCAAAUGACCUUCAGUUAUGGUUAGACGAAGCACCAAAUGUUAUCUACCUUGGUUUUGGACGUUAUGCAUCUCCUACUUUGGAAUCUAUUCAAAUUAUACAUUUAGCACUAACACAACAAAACAAAACAUUGAGAUAUUUAUGGUCAUUAAGUGAACCACUUCAAUAUUUCUUAGAAAAAGCAAACAUUAAUCAACUAUCAAAUGUACGCUAUUCACCUUAUUUACCACAGAUAGAAAUAUUAAAACAUGAGAAUGUAAUUUUAUUUAUUUCCCAUGGAGGAUUUAAUAGUAUUGCUGAGUCAUUAAUAUUCAACAAACCAAUGUUAAUUAUAGCAUUAACACCACAGCUGGAUCAGGCUCAUAACGCAUUACGGGUUGAGAAAUCUGGAUGUGGAAUUAUGCAUUUCGGAUGGAAUUUGAAACCAAUAUUAUUACAACAACAAAUCUCACUAUUAUUACAAAACAUCACUGUUAACAUUGAUGAUAACAUGACGUAUCCAAAUCCAAUUGAUUUUAAAAAAAUGAAUCAUUUCUUUGCAGCUUCUCAUCGUAUUGGCAGAUUGCUUCGUUCUGCUGGUGGUACUACUCGAGCAGCGACUAUCAUCGAAGAAUUUUUAGAAUUUGGAUACCAACAUUUGAUAUUUAAUCAACCAAAUUACAAACAAUCGUUCAUCAUAUAUAGUCUUGUCCUCCUCGUUACUACUACAAUCAUUACGCUAUUAGUGCUAUUACCAUAUUGUUGUUGUCGCAUUUGUUAUCGGAAAUUCAAACCAAAAUUGGCUAAGCAAAAGAGAAAAGCUCAAUAA